AUGUCGAGAAAAUCGCUCUUGGUAGUGCCCACCGCCUCGGACGAACGUGUCGAGGCCUCGCCUGACCAGGACGACGAUGACCCUGUUCAAGCUGUCGAGACCGACGACCAGUUGGACAUCGCUCUACGAGUAUCGACCGAUGGUCAAGUCGUAUCGACAGCCCCUGAAGCCCCCUCUCAUGACCAAUCUACUUCUGCUGCAAAUGACAGUGGUGAUCGCGAUCAACAAACGAGUCCACAAGUUGAGCCGGCGCCGGACAGCGCCGUUCCUGUCGCCCCAAGUAAAAAUUUGGGAGUGUCGUUGACAUUGGGGGCAGAUUCCAAGCGCGUGAAGAAUUACCGAGCUCUGGCGUCUAGCUUCAAGUACCUGCAGCCGUUCUGUCGCAACACCGACGGCAAAUACCCCGCGAAGACUGUUUGUGUGCUGUGUGCCACUGGGAAACCAACGUCUGUGUUUUUCCCGUGCCAGCACUUGUGUGUCUGCAACAAGUGCAUCGACGGCAAUGACAUGUCGCCGGAGUUUUCAAUGGACCUCGACCGAGCCGACAUUCGCCUUAUCCUUUCUCACACAGGCACCGAAGAGGAAACAUACUGGAAUUGGCUCCAGGAAGCUGAGCCACCACUGCCUGUUGAGUUCAAGAGGGGCUUCAAAAAUGCCGCCAGGAGACUGAGCGAUAGCUCCGUGCACAUGUGCGUCUGCAACAAGUGCAUCACAUCGAACGACAUGUCCCCAGAUUUCUCCAUGAACCUCGAACGCUGCGUGUGCCCAGUCUGUAGAGUCAACAUCCGCAUCAUUCUUCCACACACGGGCAACGAGGAGGAGAAGUACUGGAACUGGUUUGCAUUCUACGCGAGUACGAUGGCGUUUGACUUCAGCAGCAUGGAGGCUCAUACAUGCCGUGCUGGUCCUAUUCUCCGAGGAGCAACGGUGAACCCAGGCGAUCACGCCAUAGAUGCUUCGAACGACAUCAUGGAGGAGGUCGACAAACUUGCUACUCAAACGACUCUCACUCAGAGGCAAAUAUGGAUGGCUAUUGUGGACAAGUUCUACAUGAACGAUGGGGCUCCGGUUCGCGGCGUAUCGGAGAAAACCGUCAAAAACCGUGUGCAAGAAGCUUGGGGCCACGAUUCCAGUCACGGCCGAGCCAGUAUCAUGACGAACCCCCGACUGACCAAGAUUAAAGGAUCGCACCAAGGCUUCUUCCAGUUUCAGUAUGCCUGGCACGAUGACGUCAAGGCGCUGAAGAAGCCGCCAAAGGAUGCAAAUGGCAUCGAUCAGAUAACUGCGCGUGACAUCAUCAGCCGGACGAACAACCCAUUAGAGCGAUUUCACCGUGAACUAAACAAGCGGUUUAAUGCUCAUCCGCCCAUGAAAACCUUCGUGACUUCGCUAGAGAACCUUGCUCGCGAGUACGUUGCGCAACGGACGACUGUCAUCUCAGGCUUAGCCAAGCCACCUGAGCGUACAGGAUUCGUCCUACCAAGACAGCCAAAGCUGCCAGAGGUGAGCGACAUCGUCGACUCGCCAGCCAGCAGCGACGGUGAGGGUGAAAUUGUCGAUGCUGACGCGGACUCGGAACCAUACAGCAGCGCUAUGUCCUCGACGGGUGACGAGAACGUGGAACCCGGCGAGUACAUUCAGCCGGAUCACUCCUUCGAGUACGACGGCGAGACGUAG